ACAACCACAUCUCCACUCCACCACCUACAAGACAUCCACGCCCACCAGCACCACCCAAACGACCAACACCCAACACCACAUACCAGGAGCCCACGAACAACAGCCUUUAUGAGCGCCGGCAUCGAAAAUCUCAAGUCAUUCGACCCGUUCGCGGAAGCUGAUGAGGGCGAAGGCGAGGCCAAGCAGUCCGGAAACUACAUCCACAUUCGUAUCCAGCAGCGCAAUGGCCGCAAGACCUUGACCACCGUCCAGGGCCUUCCCAAGAAGUUCGACCAGAAGAAGAUCCUCAAGGUGAUCAAGAAGAAGUUUGCCUGCAAUGGCACCAUCGUCAACGACACCGAGAUGGGAGAGGUGAUUCAGUUGCAGGGAGACCAGCGCAAGGAUGUGCAAGAGUUCCUCAUCGAUAAGAAGGAGGGCCUGGAGCUAGAUGCCAAGACCAUCAAGGUCCACGGUUUCUAGACAACUCCAAUACCGCCACAACACGCGUGCGCUUGCUCUCGCCGAUGUGAAGGUCAGGACAAGCAGGUGGAGUGCGCAGGGUCCGGAAUGCGGAGGAUACACUCGAUGCAGACUGGGCCGGCGUGCCCUACGACUUUUCACGACUACGGCAAGCAGCCAAUAUGGCUAUGACAGGGCACAGCGGGCGUGAAGCUCCGGAUGAUGAGUGGUCAGAUUGACACGCUUUUGCUUUUACAUGCGGGUGUGU